UGAGGCCCGUGGGUACGCAAGUAUGUGCGGCUGCAGCCCUAGUGCAGCGGAAAAGACGUAGUAUAGCGCAGUUCCGAGCCGGUCCCAGGAGUCUGAGCUUGUCAGUUAACUUACGGGAAUAGUGUGCUGGCCCCACGUCGCUGUGUAGUGCAUGGAAAAAGCAUGUACAGGUUGCUCCCCUCCUUGAGGGAUAAUAAGUUUCCCUCAGGGGAUUUCAAGAGUACUUUUAAGUGUUUUGGAGAUUCAUUUGCUGACAGGGCAUUUCUACUGUGUUUAUUAGGGGCUUUUUCUUUUGCAUUUGUAAAAACCUAUCCCCUUCAAGGAGUCCAACAUGGAAGAGUUUAAAGAUGCAAGUUCACCUGAAGAAUUACUUGAUCACUUAAAGCUUUCUGAUCAGAAGAGUUCAGAGACUGGCCCCCAAGAUGCACAGAAUCCCCAAAAUACUGAAAGUGGAUGCAGAGCAUCUUCAGCCAAAGAUCUCACAACAGCAGAUGAGUGUUUCCAUGACUGUCACGACUCCUUUGAUGCAAAAGAACCUGUGUUGGAUGAUGAAGGGAAUUUACAGAAUGAUGAGACUAGCUCAAGGAAGCAGACAGAACUAGAUGAAGAAUACUUACUAGAACUAGAAAAAGAUAUGCCAGAGGAAGAAAAACAGAAAAGAAGAAAGGAGAGCACAACGCUGAAGGAGAAGGGAAAUGAGCAGUUCAAGAAAGGAGACUUUGGAGAGGCAGAAGACUCUUACACGAAGGCUCUGCAGAUUUGUCCAGCCUGCUUCCAAAAAGAUAGGGCUGUUUUAUUUUCAAACAGAGCUGCUGCAAAAAUGAAACAGGACAAGACAGAAGCUGCCCUAAGUGACUGCAGCAAAGCAGUGGAAUUGGAUCCUAACUAUAUUAGAGCUUUGCUGAGGAGAGCAGAACUAUAUGAAAAAACAGAAAAACUAGAUGAAGCUCUGGAAGAUUAUAAGGCAGUCCUAGAAAAAGACCCAUCGGUUCAUCAAGCCAGAGAAGCAUGCAUGCGAUUACCUAGACAAAUUGAAGAGCGGAAUGAAAAAUUAAAGAAAGAAAUGCUAGGCAAACUGAAGGAUCUGGGGAAUUUGGUUCUCCGCCCCUUUGGCCUGUCAACAGAAAAUUUCCAGAUAAAACAGGAUUCAUCAACUGGUUCAUACUCCAUCAAUUUUGUUCAAAACCGAAACAACAAUAGAUAACAUGAAUUCAGUCUAGUUCUGCUGCCUGUUAGGCUUUGUGACCGUGUGCUUGCACGUACCAGUAGAAGGAUGCAGCAAACAUUCUUCAUGCUCCCCAAGUGAAGAUAAGACUCAAGCAUAUUAAUUUCCCUGCCAGUGAAAUUAUUUACAGUGUGGAUGUCAAGCAAGUCAUUUGACUUCUCUUAGUGAUAACUGUGCCCACUGUGUGAUUUUUAUUUUCUUUCAAUUUUCUUUUCUUCCCUUGUGGCAUUUGGCUUUCCCAGCAGUCAGGUUCAUUAUUUUGGCUCACUCAAUGCUGGCAACAACAUUCUAGGAAGCAAUUCAGUUGAACCAAAAUGCUCACGCACCUGUAGCCAAGAACAAAGCUUUAUGGUGUCUUGGGGAAUUAAUGAAUCUAGCAGAAGCCUUUCUCCACGCUCAGCAAGUGGAUGUGACUGAGAGCAUGCAUGGAAGCAAGCCAACCUCUUCUGUGGAAUCAUUUUUCUUUGUAAUAAAGGCUUGAUAUUUCUGUUGGUUUGUGAA